AUGACUUCGAUUGCAAUUUGUAGAGAUAUGAGAGACUUUCACAAACAAGUACAUGAAGUGGAAGCUCUCAAGGAACACCUUGGAAAGGAGCUCCAAGGAAUGAAAAAAGAACUUCUUGAAAAAGCAAAGGAAUUACAAGAUCAAAGUGCCUGUUAUAUUUCACGUGCUGGUUACUUCCAGCGCAUGACCACAUCAAACUAUCGCGGAUUUAUGGAGCUUCCUUUCAUGAAACCAGAAGGAAUUACAGUAUAUGAUAAAAUUUUCGAAAUUGCACAAAUUCCAGAUUAUCGCACACAGCUUCCUAAAUUCAUGAAAGCAUUUUACAAAUGCCUUAAUGACAUGCCACCACUUUUGGCAAAGUUGGACACUCAAAAGCAUUUUGGUGUUCAGCCAUUCCUCCCUGAUGGUGUGAAGUUAUCAGAUUUCAUGGCUAGCUCAACUUUACCUGCUGUUUUUGGACAUCUCUUCACGAAGGAAUUGAAAAUUGCUUAUAUUAAAUUCCUCGUUGAAAUUGCGAAAAAUCUUCCUCCCGAUGUUUACGACAACUUCAGAGAGCACUGGCUCUUUGAUUGCAUUAAAGCUUUUAUUCAUUCUUCUGACAUUCGCUUGUUCUUACAGAAAUCACUUCAAACUAUCAUCAUCGAUGCAGUUCGUGAUGAAAUGCUUGUUCAAUACAUCAAAACACGCAGAAAUCAAGAGCUUUUUGAGAAAAUUUCUGUAAUUAUUCGUCAAAUUCUCAAAAACAUGGAAGAAAACUUCUCAAUAUUCCCAGAAGAUGUCAGAUAUUUCCUUUAUCUCUUCAGUGAUCUUGCUUCCGAUGAAGAAACUAAGAUCAAACGUCUUGAAAUCAUCUUAUUAGAUUCCAUCAUCAUUCCAGCCAUUUCAUUACCAAAAGUAUACGGAGUACUUCCACCUACGUUCUAUUUCGACAAGUCUCCGCUUGGUCCUGCACGUGUUAUUCAAAUGAUCGCUCAGGCAUUCAGAUUAAUCCUUCAUCCUGGUUCAGCUGAUCGUUAUGGCCUGACAAACGUUGAAUGCCUUGUCUCAAUUCCUUUCAGAGAAUUUCUCAUCAAAUUACCUUCAUCAAAACCGAACCUUCCAGGCCUCAAACUGCAAGAUUUCAUCAACAACCUUGGAAUAUUCUACGUGUUGGCUCUUUUCUCGGUUCCUGAUGUUGUUUCUCUUGCAUAUCUUGUCAGAAAUGUCAAUUUGACAACAGCUCGUGCUCAUAUUGAUCUUUUAAAGAUAGCAAGUGAUUUCCCAAUUGGCUCAUCCACUCCUUAUGUCUUCUUCCGCUUCGAACAUUGGAAUCUUCCAGAUUUUCUUGUCGAAUCACCACAAUUCCCUGAAAAUAAGGUAUCAAAUGACGGAUCACAGGAAUCAGCAUGCUCCAACUCCCUCUACCAGCUACUUUCCUACCUGGAAUACAGAGAAAACUGCCCUCCAACAAUAAAUGCAUGGCUGAACUUCCAAAUGAACGAUUGUUUGUUGCAGAGGGACUUCAAGAAGUACAUCUACCUCCAGCAUUACUUGAAUUUGGCCGCUGGAGAAACGGAAGAUUCUCAAAUUACUCCAGGCCUCGAAGAAAUCAUCAGAAACUACUUGAACUAUACCCAGUGCAGCAUGACAUUGAUCAAACUUGGCGAAAGACAGAUCGCUGAUACUAAGAAGGAACUCGAAAAUUUCAAAUCGAAGACAGACUUAUGGUUACCGAUCUACCAUGAUAUUAUCCUUCAGCAGUUCCUUGAACAGGACCAGAGUGUGCUUAAAGACCUCACAGACAAGGUACAUUACGACGUAAUUUGCGAAAAAGGAACUUUUGACAGUUUUCUCCUCGAAUCGCUUACUAAACUUAAAAAGUUCCUUGGAGACAACAAUCUUUCCAGCGAAUACAAGAGCGUUGCGAAACUUCUCCACUCAUAUAUUAUGUCAUACAUUCCAUUGAAGCUUUUCAUGAAGCAGAGCACCCGGUUUGUCGACAGGGAUAAGACAAUUAACGAAAACAGAAGGAAAGCUCUCAAUGAAAUGUCAAAAGCUCCUCCGAAAGUCAGCAAACUUUUCGAUUUCCCACCUCUCUUCACUUUUGCCAUCCAAGAAAUCGAAAACGCGAUCAAAGCUGAGAACCCUGAUGCCGCCAUCGAGUGCCUCUCCAGGUCAUUGGAACUCCUGAGGAGAAUAUAUAUUCUUGAAAUUGGAGGACUUCCUCAACCAGACGACUUGAAUCCACUGUUCGGAUUUGCUGUUUUCUCAACAGGAAAUAACACGAUUUAUUCGUUCCUCAAAUACGUCUCGCACUUCAUGUUCAUGCACUUGGAGGAAUCAAUGGUGUUCUUACCAAAGGAGCAGGAACAGGCAAUAAGACAAGUAAUGGUGCUGAUUGAUAAGCUCAGUUUCGUUUUCCCAUUCUUGUAA